GGCAUGGCGGAGCGGCGGCAGCGGGCUCGGGUGCAGGGCGGCUGGGCCGGGGCCCCAGCGGCGCGGCCCGCAGCACCUAAGGCACCUGUGGCCAGCAGCCUUGCCCCUGCAGGUGCCAGACCAGCAUGGAGGCAGAAAGAUCAUACUCAAAAGCAGUUUGUCUUUGAAAAGCCAUCAGAGGUGGAGCGCAGAGUUCCUGAGGCAGGUGUGAUAGACAAGCCUGGUGUGUAUGAGCUCAGCAAGGGACCAACUGGCAUUUCUAGGAUUCAUUUGAUUCCUGGCUUUGUUGACUCAGAACAAGCAGACUGGAUGUUUGAGCAACUCCUCCAAGACAUACCCUGGGGUCAGCGAACUCACAUCAGACAGGAAGUAUCUUUUGAGGAACCACGGCUUACAUCCUGGUAUGGGGAGCUUCCUUACACAUACUCCAGAAUAACAAUGCAGCCAAAUCCAAAUUGGCAUCCUCUGCUGACCAUGCUGAAGGAGCGCAUUGAGGAGCUCACUGGCUACACCUUCAACUCUCUGCUCUGCAACCUCUACCGAAAUGAGAAGGACAGUGUGGACUGGCACAGCGACGACGAGCCAUCGCUGGGAAAAAAUCCUGUCAUUGCCUCACUCAGCUUCGGUGCUACUCGGACCUUUGAGAUGAGGAAGAAACCUUCCCCUGAAGAGGAUGGAGACUAUACUUACGUAGAAAGACUUAGAAUCCCACUUGAUCACGGGACUCUGUUGAUAAUGGAAGGAGCUACCCAGGAGGAUUGGCAGCAUCGAGUGCCUAAGGAAUAUCAUUCUAGAGAUGAACGGAUAAACUUGACAUUUAGGAUCAUUUAUCCAGAACCUGAUGGAGUUUGGAAGUGAAGAGCAACUUUGGACAUUGGUGGAUAUACACCCACAGCAGAUCUACAGCCUUAGAUUGCUACAGAUUUAAAGGAAGCCUUACAGGAACACGGUUCCUUGAAGUGAUGGGGAAAAGAGUUGAUAUUACGAAGAUCUUUGGCAAUCAGAAGCUGCCUGUAUUAUGUGGACAGAAAUUAUAUGUUACUAGAUGAUACUAAAUCACAGGCUUUACCUUGGUGAACAGUGAUUCUUCUUAAAAGAGCACAAAGCACGUGAAAGAUUUGAGAGGUCCCAACUGGAGCAGACAGAUUCAGUGAGCAGAUAGUUUUGUGCCUUGUCUUGUCUCUCCUUUACUCCCAGGUCAUGAUCUGUGUUGGAAGUAAUAACAAGAUGGGCUUCUUUGAUGUAAAGCUGAUGUGUCUGUACAGAAAUUAGAAAGCUGCACUUGUUGAUGAUCUCUGGGUAUUGGUGAAAUUACUCAUUUCACCAAAGGGUAGUGCACUGCUUUUUAUCUGUAGGUUGCAGAGCCUUUUCCAAUUAACCAAUCAGUUUCAUAAUUUAAAUAACUACUUGAAUUAUACUGGUGUCUAGUGGAACAGAGGGUCAAGGCUCUCUUCUGCCAUGCACUCUGUGGUCAGACUUUAUGCUGUUUAUCCGUGUAGACAGGACAAGGAGGACAAGGCAAAGGCAAGCAACAGAGACACCUGACAAGCCUGUUCCUGGAUCAGUGCAUAUUGCUUUAAAGACUGUCACUCGGAGGGUUCUCUCUUGAGCCUCUGCUGUUGCAGAUCAGUAGUCAGCACCUCAGAUUCCAGGCUGACUUACUGAAAUCCUUCAAGUUUGCCUGCUGUGACUUACCUGCUGCUGGGAAGCAGUGGGCUGGUGACUGUAGUGUGGAUGUGAAGUCAGGAGUGCUGCCUAUGUGGUUAAAUUCUCACUGCAGCUAAACAGCAUCACUGUACUGGAUCAAAUCAUAGGUUUGGUCUAUCUUCACUGUCUGCCUGCAGUAGGAUCUAAACACAGGUAAAUACCCUGUGCCUUGUAACAUGUUACCAUUGUUCAGCAAGCUAAUGUCCCUCUUCACUGUAAGAAUAAAUUGGUGUUGAGAAAA